UUUUAACUGAAUCGCAUACCAACGGGGUAAACAUCUUUUCUAAGAGGCUGGCCCGAAGAAAGAAAUGCAAUCCAACGAGGGAAAGAAAAGAUGAUAAAUACAAGCUCUGCUGGAAUUGAUUCAUCCAUGGAUGCCCAUAUGGAGAAUGAAGUCCAAAAUUUCGAUUUGAACCAGGAUAUGGAAGACGAGGAUUUUGAUGAUGAUGAUGAUGAUGACGAUGAUAUCAUAAUUAUCCAAGAUGGACCUCUUGAGCUUGACAUUAAUGACAAUGAAGAAAACUCUAGUAUACCACAAGAGGUGGUCAAAUAUGUCGACUCACUUGAAGCUCAAACGCAAAAUCUGGAACGAGAACUGGUGGAGUGUGAUGAACUCAUCAAUCAUUCAUCUAGGCCUUAUCAAGGUCCAGUGGAUGCUGUAAUUGUGUAUGAUGAGUACAAAGAAUUGGAGGCAGCAGCUGCAGAGCAGGGAAUGACAGUUGAAGAGUUAAAGCAAAAGCUUUUAAAUGACAUAGAAGGAGAAAGUUUCACAGAAGACGAUGUGGACAAGGAAUACGAAGAAUUUCUCCAACUUCAAGAGGAGUUAGCUCAGCUACGAGCAGAGACAGCAGACAUUGUUAAAGACAAAGAGUUGCAACAGACUGAUGAUAAACUCUUGGCUAUUGAGGCUCCUGACACUGACAGUAAACUGGAUAGGAGUUCUUCCCCACAUGAGAAUGGUGUCAAUGAAGAAGUCUUCAUAACUGAUGUGAGCGAUGCCUUGACAGGAGCACCCAGUGAUGAUAGAGUCAGUAAAGAUAAUAUGGAUAGUGAAGUGGAAGCUGGGCCCCUGGUAGCCGUCUCUGUGCUGUCCAACAUGAGGGAUUUUAUCCAGGAGCAGCUGAAGAACUCGGAACAGUCAUACCAAGUCCGUAAACAGAGACUCCUGCAGAACAUGGAGAUUCACAGAAAUCAAGAAGAGAAGAGGAUGCUUCAAGAUGAGGAAAAAAGGAAGGAGUUUCAGCUGAUGCUGGAAGAUGAAGAAAGACAGCUACAGCUUAAAAAGGAAGAGCUUGAAAGGAGAAUGGAACAGGAGAUCAAAGAGAUGGAUGAAGUCACUUUACAGGAGUUGAAUUUACAACAAGCAGAAAUAGAGAGGUGGUCAGAAGUUUUGGAAGAGGAGCGCCGUCAGUUUGAGACUUUUCGCAAGGAAGCCGAUGCUCUGGAAGAUACAAGCAAACAAAAAGCUGCAACGGAAAUACAGAGAAGAUACAGAGGUUUUAGGACACGUAAAGAGAUGGCAAGCACAAUCCAGGAAUUGGAAGAAAUGAAGGAACUGAAGAAGAAGGAGCGCUAUGAUGUGAGACUGAUGGAGGUGGAGUAUGAGAUCAAGUACAGGGAAGAGCAAUUGAAAAAAGAAAAGGAAGAAAACGAGAAGAAGGAGAAAGAGGAACAACUCCAGAAGGACGAAGAAGAAAGAAAGAAGAAGAGCGACAGCGUAAAGAAGAAGAGCGAUUAA